AGGAAGCCAGUCCUAGCUGCCAGCGCUGCUGCUCAGGGAGUAAAAAGAUGGAGAAAGCUCUAACCCAACCGUUAAUCGCCGCGUUAAUCUCUUCCGGAAUAGCAAUUAGAGCCUAUCGGAGAAAAUCUCUCGAUGUAUCCGGAGCUCUUUCCGGAUUUAUCGUUAUGACUCUUCAUUUCGCCGUCGGAUACAGGUAUGGAGCGAUGCUGCUUGCUUUCUUUUUUUCUUCUUCCAUGCUCACCAAGAUUGGAGAAGAGAGGAAGAGACAAAUUGAUGCUGAUUUUAAGGAAGGGGGACAAAGAAAUUGGAUACAAGUUCUGUUCAAUAGUGGCAUUGCAACAAUUUUGGUGGUUGUUAUUUGGAAAUUGACAGGAGUGCAGGAUAAGUGCCUGGACACAAAAGAGUCAGUUCUUACCACUUCCUUAAUUGGGGGUAUAAUUGGUCACUAUUCUUGCUGCAAUGGUGACACUUGGUCAUCAGAGAUUGGGGUUCUUAGUGAUGACCAGCCUCGAUUGAUAACUAAUUUUAAGCCUGUUCGGAGGGGCACAAAUGGAGGUGUGACAAAAGCAGGCCUUCUUGCAGCUAUAGCAGCAGGCGGUAUCAUUGGACUGAUGUUUGUCAUCGUAGGAUUUUUCACAACCAAAUGUACAACUGAUGUAGCUCUGAAACAGCUAUUAGUUAUACCUCUCUCUGCAAUGGCAGGACUAUUGGGAAGUGUCUUAGACUCUCUAUUGGGAGCAACCCUGCAGUUUAGUGGAUUCUGCACCGUUCGAAAUAAGGUUGUUGGAAAACCAGGACCAACAGUAAAGAGGAUCUCUGGUGUUAGCAUUCUUGACAACAAUACCGUAAACCUGGUAUCCGUGUUAUUGACCACAUUGCUGACAUCAAUUGCUUGUGCGUAUAUUUUCUGAACCCAUCCCCUCUGUAUUAUGUUUACAUGGGAAUCGGAAAUAAGUGCUUUUGAUUUUGCUUCUUGUACCAAAUACAAUAGAAUUCCUUAGCUUAUGUCAGAAUUCAGACCAUUAACUAAUAUUAUGGCCAUGUUUGGUAUGUAAAUUUCCCUGGAAACUGAAUCCGGGUAAGCCAUGCCAAUGAGUUAUGAAAAGUUGAUCUUGGAUUUUGAAAUUU